AUGGCAAGUCUCAACUUUCAGAUGAGCUUAGAUAACGAAGCUCCCAAAGCUUCUUCUCAAGGCCAAUUCCAGCCAGCCCAGCCUCAAGAAGCAGGAGGUCUUUCAGGCCUUCUCAAGCGUUCAUCUCACCCAAUCGCAAUCAUUUUCCACUAUCUUUUCAAAUCUCUUGCACUUUUAUGCUUUUUCUUCCUCAAUAUUUUCUCAAACGCUACAAUAACCUUUAUCAUCGUCGUGAUUUUCUCUGCCUUUGAUUUCUGGACUGUGCAAAAUAUCACUGGUCGGCUUCUUGUAGGGCUCCGAUGGAGAAACAGAAUAAAUGAAGACGGCUCAGAAGAAUGGAUUUUUGAAAGCUUAAAUGAUAAAUCCCAAUCAAAUAAAAUCGACGUUUAUGCAUUUUGGCUUGGACUUGUGGCAGCUCCGUUGACUUGGUCUAUUUUAUUGCUCGCAUAUCUAUUGACUUUUGACUUCUUUUGGAGCAUGGUUGCCUUGAUUUGCUUGGUACUUACUGGAAUUAACAUGGUUGGGUAUUAUAAAUGCAAUAAAGACAGCAAACAAAAACUCUCAGGGAUGUUAAAGCAAGGCGCUUUUAUGGCAGCAAGCCAAGCUCUUAAGGUUUAG